UGUGCGUCCGUCGUACCGCGGCCGAGUCCGCCACGGUGGUCCACGCGCGCUGACAAACUCUCGGGAUAUCCCUGCAAGCGAGCGAACGAUCGAACCAAGUCACCGGUCUGACAUCCACGCUCCGACGAGUGCAUGUAUCCACUCUCCCCCGCGCGUUACUCGUUCACCCAUCCGUCGCGAUUUUCAGUGUCGAUUCCGCAACGAUCCCUCUUGAUUUUUCCCGGACUUCCGCACGGACGCCGCAGUGAACAUUCAAAGUGAACGUGAAGACGAUUCGGAGGAUCUUGGAGAGAUCUUGGGGAUAAAACGCGAGACUCGCGCGGUCCAUCGAGUAUAUAUCGUCGGCGAGAUCGUGGGAGAUAUCUCGGGGAUCGAACUGGAUCUGACAGUGCUGGACAAGAUACCACGUAGGACCCCCGCACUGACGGGGCUCUUUGGUGAUGUACGACAGCGCUAGCUGUUCGUACGCAGGUGCGCUCGAAUUAAAGGGAGCCUCCGGGGCCGGAGCCGCGGCCGCGGCCGCCGCCGGUGUAACCGCGGCCGGCGUCAAGCAGGAGAACUGGCCGUACCGCGGCCUCACCUGCGGCAGCACCUUUCAACGACUUAAGGAAAGCGUCGACAAGGCGAAGCAGGCCCUCGCCGAUCGCAGCGGUUACCUGGCGGGUGCGUUUUCGCCGCCUCCGCGCGCCAACCCGUCCGCCAUUUCGCCCACCGCUUCCAUCACCG